GGCACCCUUAAGGUGCUGGAUAGCGUGAUCUUGGGAGCAAAAAGACACAUUGGAGUGAGCCAAAUGGCCCGUGCAGGGGCCGCUCAAUUAUAUGCAACCGCACUGAUGGGAGGACUUCUGUCCUCCAGCUGCUGUCUGGUACAGCUAGCGCUCAAUCUGUUCUCUGUGGGCUGUGCGGGCUUCUCGGUGCUGACCCCCUACAGGCCUCUCUUCAUGGGCCUCACCACCGCUAGCCUGGGCUACUCUCAUCUCAGACACGGGAAUCCGCAGCGGUCAAUUCUAGCUCUGGGAAUGGCGCUCUCUCUGGCAGGAAUGCCAGAACUGGUGCAGCUGUACAAUGAGAGCCAGCUGCGGCUGAUGCGCUCGCUGCCGCUGACAUCAUCGCCUGUCAGUGGUGACAAGGCGCUGACUCAGCAGCAGGUGAUUCUGCAUGUGGAAGGAUUGCGUUGUGCUGCAUGCGGCAUGCGGCUAAAACAGGCGCUGCUGGCACAAGUUGGAGGCGUGCAGCGGUGCGAGGUCGAAUUCGAAUCCGGGAGGGUGGUUUUGCAUGGGCAGGCCAUAGGCGAGGACGCUUUGUUGGGCUGCAUCAGCGAACUGGGUUAUUCUUCGAGACUCAUCAAAUUCCAGGAGGAGCCGCCGGGCAAGGAGGAGAGUGAGCUGUGAUUUUUUUCGCCGUAUAAAUAUGUCAUGGGAGUUGGACAAGACCGAUGUCUUGUUUGGAUCCUGAGCAUGUGCGUGCAGGAUAAAUUGGAAAAUAAAAUAGGCAUAUGUGCUGUUACAGCUGGUCAGUUGGUCCAAAUGUUUGGCCUGCGGAAUUGGUUACCUUUGGACUGUAAGUUGCAAUCUACAG